CGCUAGUUAGUUAACAAUGUUAUUUUAUUAACUAUAAUGUGAACUUACCAGGAAUAAUUCAAUUGGUCUUCGGCUUUUUUUUUCCUUAUUUUUCCUAUUUUGUUUUAAGGAAAAUUAUAUUGCAAAGAAAUUUAUAUUAAUUUUAUACCUCUUCGUAAGCGUUUACGUAAACCAUAUGCAAACCAUAUUUUGCUUUAGUCAUGCAUGCAAGUUGCAUGUUCAACUGAUUUUGCGUUGUGCGUUGAUCUCAGUAACGCAAGUUAGCGCUUUAAACUUCAACCAAUGGAAGCGAUUUGUUUAGUAAAUCUGUAUGUUUGCAUAAAUCUUUAUAUACAAAAGUAAUGCAAGCACAGAAAAUUAUCGUGAUACAUCCGGGUUCACUGUACUUGCGGAUUGGACGAGCCAGCGAUCUUAACCCUACUACUAUUCUCCACGCUAUAGGGAAGCGAAGGAGGAAAAAUCUUAAAAGCAAUGAAGAUUUGAUUUAUUCCGACUACUUGUUACCGCCCUUGGUGGCAGGAGAAGCACAAGAUAGUGUUAUGACUCAAUUUCAUGAAAACAGUGUUCAUGCAGCGCAUUCUAUUCAAGCUCAUGUCGCUCAAUGCGAGGACAGGCAAGGUGGUUUAAAGAGAAUUCGCAUGGCACCUCAAAAAGUUGCCUCGUUUAACAAAAACUCUACGCCUCAGGUUACGUCAGAUGAUGACUUGCGUACUCAAGAAGAAUCGAAGGAAAGUGAAUUUAUUUUUAAUUCUUCAAUAAUAAGCUUAAAUGCACAAGAAGCUUCAGCAUACAAUAUACACUUUCCUCUAAGGCGAGGAGAGUUAAAUAUUCACAGUGGGAUUGGCGGCUCCUUGACUUCAAUAUUAUCUGAUUUAGAAUCCAUAUGGAGCUAUGCAAUAGAAAAACAUAUGAACAUUCCUCGGAAACAAUUAAAUCAAUAUGGAGCUGUUUUAGUGAUUUCAGAUAUUUAUAAUCGGAGUAUUUUAAGGGAAUUGGUAACGCUAUUGUUGCAGUGCUUAGGUUUUAGAGCAUGCUUCCUUCUACAAGAUCACGUGGCAGCUACUUUUGGUGCUGGCUUAGGUUACGCCUGUGUUGUAGAUGUCGGUGACCAAAAAUGUUCCAUUUCUUGCGUUGAAGAUGGUGUUUCCCACCCGGACACACGUGUACGUCUGGGAUAUGGUGGAGGCGAUGUGACCCAAGUAUUUCUAGCUUUAUUGCAGAAAAAUAAUUUUCCUUAUAAAAAAUGUAAUGUAAAUGCAAACUAUAGUGAUGCUGCUUUAGUAAUGUCUUUAAAAGAAAAUAUGUGUCACUUGAAUUUAGAAAUAUGCGAAACUCAAGAGAAGUCUUUCGAGGUUGAGAAGCCGCCAAAACGUUUUCUAUAUACAUUUCAAGUAAGUGAUGAGUGCAAAGUAGCGCCGCUUUCACUAUUUCACACUGACUUAUUAAAUAUUACUGGCAAACAACGAUUGGUACGAUUACAGCUGCCAAGUAGUCAACAACCAGAUUCGCAAGACUGUUUUGAUGCCGAAUAUAUAAGGGAAACCGGUCGGGUACGUAGUGGACGCGGAGAUCAAAUAUUAGAAGGCAGUAUGCCCGUUACGUGCGAUGCGGGCGAUGACGAGCUGGUUGUUGUAGAUGCGUUUGAUGUGGACGAACGCGUCGUAAAUCCACGAAACGUAGAUAAGGACGAACAGCUUUAUUACUUUACGAAUAAUGGAGAAGUAGUUUCUCUAGACUUGGCGAUAGUACGUAGUAUAGAACGUUGCACCUCCGACGAUAUGAAACGAAAAAUGUAUGGUUGCAUUUUACUGGUGGGUGGCGCUAGUAAAUUGCCCGGUUUUAGCAAGUGGUUAGAACAAAAGAUUACCUUACAACUGGCGGCAAAUACUACUCAUAACCGCUCUACGGAACAAUCCGCUUUAUUUGAUGUGAAUGUAUGUGUGAAAGAAAUGGAUGCUGCCAUGAUUGCAUGGAAGGGAGCCGCUAUAAUGUCAUGCUUAGAAAGCGCUCCUGAAUUAUGGAUUUUUGGCAAGGAAUGGAAAAAAUAUGGUCUUCGAAUAUUACGUGAGAAGGCAACAUUUAUAUGGUGAUUUACAUAAAAAUUUGCCCGAUUUCCAUCUUUUUACGGUUUUUCAUAACUUCUUCUUCUCCAUCAUUUAUUAUAUUAGUAUAUAU